AUGACAGGAAUACCUAACUUCGAUUCUCUUUUCCGUCUCGACGGCAAGGUUGCUUUCAUCACUGGAGGUUCGCGAGGCUUGGGGUUCGAUAUUGCUGCCGCAUUCUUGCAAGCUGGCGCCUCGAAAGUGAUCAUCAACGCUCGUAAGGAAGAUGGCCUUCAAAAGGCGGCCCAGGAUCUCAACUCUAUCCCCAACAUACGCGGCCGAGCCUCAUUUAUUGCUGGAAACGUCAACACAAUGGAAAGCGUCGAGAAGCUGGUCGCGGCAGUGAAGGAGGAAGUACCGGGCGAAAGUCUUCACAUUCUAGUGAAUAAUGCUGGAGCAAGUUGGGGGGGUUCAUUCGAAGAUUAUGAGGAUUGGAAGACUGCCAAAACUUUUGAUGUCAAUGUCCGAGGUCCUUUCAAUUUGACACGCAAACUAGUACCACUCCUUGCUGCAGCCGGUACUCCCAGCGAUCCAGCGCGAGUGAUCAUCAUGAGUUCAGUGGGUGGCAUAGCUGUAACACACGUCGGAAGGGACGGCGCCAUUGCCUACAGCAUCUCCAAGGCCGCCAUGCAUCAUUUUGGUCGAAAUUUGGCCCUCGAGCUUGCGCCCAAGAAUAUCACCACCAACGUGAUUGCCCCGGGCUGGUUCCCAACACGCCUGGCCAACCCAGCAAUCGAGAAAUAUGGCGGUCUGGACGCUGCGAGCGCCGACAAUCCUAUGGGCCGGCUGGGACUGCGGGAAGACAUAGCAGGAACUGCGGUCUACCUCUGUUCGAAAGCCGGGGCGUAUGUCAACGGGGAAGACAUCACCCUUGAUGGUGGGAAGAGACUCCUGGGGGGAAACUCGAAUUCGCAUCAGACCGACGCCAAACGUAUCGCAAGGCUGUGA